AAUUAUUACGGACAAAUAUUCAAUUGAGAUCCAAUUAAAAAGAGAAUUGCUCCCAAAAUCCAAAAUCACAAAUUGAGGGGAAAAGAUGAUCGGAGAAGUGGAGAAGAUGAUAACAGUAGGCCUUGUUUGGGGAGCAACAAAUGCCCUAAUGCGAAAAGGGGCAAUCAAAUGGGACGAAACCAUCAAAUCUUUACCUCAACCAAACACACCCCAACACCCAGUCCUCACAACUCUACAAAAUUGGCUCAAACUUCUGUUGAUUUGGCAAUAUUCAUUGCCAUUUCUUCUAAAUCUGUCUGCAUCAGCUACUUUCUUUGCAAUUCUAAGUGAUACACCAAUUUCUUUAGCUGUUCCUGUUACGAAUGCCACAACUUUUGCUGCUACUGCUGUUUUUGGAUUGAUUCUUGGUGAAGAAACUCGUGUUGGUCUUGCUCUUUUUGGUACUUCUCUUAUUGUUCUUGGUGUUUACAUUUGUAUUAUGUAAUCUUUUCAAAUAAAGCUGGAUCUGGAUCUGAUAGACAGGGAAGGAUCUACAACUUUGGGUACGUGUGUUUUCGAAAAUUCAGUAACUUUUGUGUAGAUUCAGUAUUUAUUUAGAAAUGUGUGUUGGAAAUCAUAAUAACAAAGCAAUAGAUGUUGAACCUCUUUCGACUUCACCAAAGAUUGAUGUAAUUCUGGCUCCACCACCAAAGAUGUAAAUAUGAAACAUUUCAAUUUAAAUGCAUAACAUCAGAA